GCAAAAUGGGAUUUGCCCGUAAUGAUGUAUCUAUUUGUGGGAAGCAUUAUCGAUCCAUUUGGAACUGUCGUUAGCUACAGUAGAUUGUAACAUAUGACAUUUCCUACACGUAUUGAAGAUCAUGGACUGGCCCUAUUUUAGGUGUAGUCUUAUAUGCCGUCAUUUCAGUCUCAUAUUGGGCUUACUAUGCGUAGGAUGUGUGUAUUUAAGCAGAACGAAUGAAUUCACCGCUGUGUUAAAUCCACUUAGGCAAACAGAUUGUAUUACCAAGUGCCAGGAUGGCUUGUUGGCCAAAGUUGAUCGCUUGGUUUUAUCUGGUAAAAUUGAUAUUAAAGACCCGGCUCCUGGCUUGGGAACCGUUGCAUCACUACAGUUGAAACUCUCUGAGAACACAGAGCCCAAUGAUCUUUCUAUAGUGGAUUUGGACAGUUGCUUUGGUCACGGGCCAAACACAGAAUCAUUUUACUGUGAGAAAACAGACAGCGCUAAUGUCUUUCACGUGUAUCUGAAUAUGUCAGCGGAUGUUUCGCUCAGCGAGAAGGAAGUUGUAAUACGCGUGUCUACAUAUGAAAACUCGCAGUUAGGAAACUUUGUCAAACUACCCAAAAUAUACAAUUUGCAGAAUGCGGUAUUAACCCUCAACAGUCACUCAUUGACACACGGAUGUUCGGGUAUUGAACUGGAGAAAGAAACUUCAGAAAUAACCUUGUGCUGUAUAAACAUGGCGUCUCCGUGUGAGGCUAUCAUACAUCACAUGGGCGUGACCCAAGUCAAAGCCAAGGACUGCGUCACAUAUACGAUACCUGAAGGGGCCAUAAGAGACUUCACCUUUACAUUCAAGGCAUGCAACCAACCUAACUUGGUUCACUCAUACAGAUGUCAAUUAAAAGUAUUACAAACUGGGAAAGCUCAAGAGUCCGGCAGUGAUGACGUAACAUUCACCAUUCUCCCUGUGCUCGGCAUUGUGGCUUUUAUUCUCGGAGUUCCCAUCAUUUGUUUUUGUUGUAGAAGUAAGAUUCAUUUAGAUUGUGUACGAGUGAACUCUAAACAUUAAUAGUUUAAAUUUACG